ACUAGCAACGCACUGACGGCAUGGGCAAACGGAAUCGCAAACGCCGCUCUUUAUUUGCUGGCGCCAUUGGCGACGGCGCUGUGUCACAGAUACUCCUACAGGACAGUUGCUAUACCCGGUGCAAUCAUUGCUGGCGUAGGAAUGUCCCUAGCCUACUUUGCCAAAGGUCUUCCGGUCCUCUAUCUUACUUAUGGACUGAUGUUUGGGCUAGGAUCAUCGUUAAAUACCAUCCCGGGACAAGCAUCAACAGCUGAGCAUUUUGUUAAGAAACGAUCAACAUCCAUCGGCGUCAUUCUCCUAGGAACCGGAGUAGGCACACUUGUUUGGCCGAUCCUCAUAGAAUACCUCCUAGAAGAAUACUUGUACCAAGGAACAUUUCUCAUCUGUGGCGCGAUAUCAUUUAACCUUCUCGUCGCUGCAAGUCUAUUUAGAAAUUUUAAGAAGAGACCGCCGUUGGACUCCUGUGUCGCGGAAACAAGUAACAAUGUAGAAACGAGUGCGUCAGCCAGUAAACCACCAUCAUGUUUCGCCAGGAUUCAAAAUUCUAUCAAAAAUAGCUGGCGGGUCUAA